AUGAUUUACUUAAAGACUUUAUUGAAUGUUAUUGAUAAUUCCGGAGCUCAAGUUGUGGAAUGUAUCAAGGUGUUGAGACAUAGUCCCAAGAACUUUGCCAAAAUCGGAGAUGAAAUUACCGUGGUAGUAAAAGAAGCCAAACCUUUAUCAGCCAGUAUAACUGGACAAUCAGCUAAUAAUAGAGUUAAAAGAAGAGAUAUUUGUAGAGCUGUGGUGGUGAGAACAAAAGCUCCUUUAAGAAGACCUGAUGGGUCUACUGUGAGGUUUGAUGAUAAUGCAUGUGUGUUGAUAAAUAAGAAUGGAGAUCCUUUGGGGACAAGAGUUUCAUCAGUGGUAGCCAAAGAGUUAAGAGAUUUAAAAUAUAGUAAAAUAGCCACUUUAGCUCCUAAGACGUUUUGA